AUACCCCUCUUACCUGUUGAUUCAUUUCUUUGGUGGGGAGCCAGCGAUUGGUAUCUUCCUUGAAACUGCGAGUAAAGGGAAUAAGCCAUUCACUUACUGUUAACUUACCUGAAGCCCCCCUUCAAAGGUAGCCCUUGGGAUUCCCUGGAUGUCAUCUCGCGCGAUUCGCAAGCUGCAAAAGCUGCGCGAACAAGAGUUACAGCAAUCGUCGCUAGGCGCCGAGAAGGACAAUGAUGACAGUAGCGAGGAUGAGAUGGUGACCCGGCCCUCAAAGCCCAAGUUUAACGCCUUUGACCUGUUGAACACAGCAGAGGAAGAAGACGACGACGACGAUGAGGAAGCUGGGGUUCAGGAAACGGUAACUCUGCAGCCGGAGCCUCGGUCACCUACGGCCACACCCACCGAACCUAGCAAGAAAAAGAAGAAGAAGAAGAAGAAGAAGAAGGCGAACGCGUCUGGAAAGUUCCUGCCUGCUAAUUCGGAUGAUGCAGAGCUGGAUGAGAUCGAUCGUGCCCUCCAAGAGCUAGCCACAGAUGGCCGUUCGUCGCAAGCUGCUGCUCAGUCGACGGCGGCCACCGUAUCAGAAAGGGAGGACUACCCUAUGAGCCUGGAGGAACUUCUUUCUGUGGAGCCCAAGUUUCUCAACGCAAUGAAUGAAAUGCGGAAGCUGUUUGGGAAUGUUGUGCUGGAAAAUUUCGAUCAGCCACAGAAUGAAGGAACGGGCCGGCGGCGAGAGAGAAAUAGGGAGACGGUUGACCUUGGUCAAGCUUUGACUGGUCGAUACAGUCCGGCUAGUAGAGGUCAGAGUCUGGCCGGGGUAACCUUGCGACGGAACUUCCUUAUGCAGGGCAAGGGCGAGUGGCCGCGAGCGCCUAGCGGGGGUCUGGGGAUGGAAGUUGUAGAGAGCCUAGCCAGUGGAACGACUGUGUACCGAAUUCUGCACAAUGCUGCAUAUCAGGAUGUUCAGCGACAGUUUGAGCUGUGCGUGGAAUCGAUGGAUCCGCAAAGACUGAUCCAUCUCCUCCAGUACAACCCGUACCACAUCUCAACCUUACUCCAGGUCUCUGAUAUUGCCAAGCACCAAGGCGACCACGCAGUCUCGGCAGACCUGCUUGAGAGGGCGCUUUUCAAUGUCGGCCGUUCCGCGCAUUCUUCUUUCGGCACCCAGCUCAAAGCGGGCCGCGCCAAAUUGAGCUUCACCCAUAUGGAAAACAGGGAGCUCUGGCUUGUUGGAUGGCGAUACAUUGCUAAUCUGGGCAUGAAAGGGACGUGGAGAACGGCAUAUGAAUGGGCGAAGCUGCUGCUCAGCCUAGACGAGCUUGAUCCUUACUCGAUAAGCUUGUUGAUCGACCAUCUCGCUCUCCGCGGCAGGGAAUACACGCAUUUCAUUGAUCUCUGCACAAAAACAAGCAUGAAAGACACAUGGAGCGGGCUACCUAACAUCCAGUGUUCUCUUGCGCUAGCGUAUCUACGCCAGGACAAGCGAAAGGAGUGCCGAGACCAGCUUCGUCUGGCUCUGGCACGCUGGCCUUGGGUCUUCUGCAAGAUCGCGCAAGAGCUGGAGAUUAGUCCCAUGCCGAAGGCAAUCUGGGGCCGGAUGCCGCCAAACCCUUCACAUGAACUGCUGAUGGAGUUGUACGUUGCGCGAGCCAAAGAUCUGUGGAAUACACCCGAGGCAAAGUCUUUGAUAGUGGAGGUUGCCAAUACGGUCCCGGAAAACGAUGAAACCGCCUCCGAUGUAGCACCGGAAAUCACAUUGAACAUUGCCCGCCAUGUCAUCCUGUCAGACAUUCCCCGUGUUACGACUCAUCUGCCCAGCCAUUUCACCUCUGGGCGGAUCUCAGCAUCGGACCCUCUUCCCCCCUAUGACUCCCAGGCCUUUCAGCAACAGUCGGACCCAACACCAGCGUACAUAUCGCGGAUCCCGGAAAUGGGUCGACCGCAGUGGCUGCGCGACCUGUUAGAUCAGCUCAAUAACGGGGCUCUUCAUUUCCCCCGGCAUGAGGCCCAACCCACCGACGGGGAGGAGGAGAUCGAUGUUCCAGCGGAUGGCUAUCAUACGGAAGAGAACGACGAUCAACCGGUCGGCCGAGCCCCUCUUCCCUUGGGGGAUCACGAAGAGGGAGUGCUGGAAGAAUGGCUUAUAGGAGAUGGUCUGAUUGGAGUACAGGAGUUUUUACAGCAAUAUGGCGUCGAUCGCGGCAAUUGGGGCGAGGUCGUCGACUUUGCCCCAUUGCUUGACUACGUCGAGGGCUUGGGUACUCUUCCCGUGUCUACGCGCCACGGGCUCAUCCAUGGACCGAUCCAUGAUGUUCUGGGAGACAUGGGGGUGGAAAUACUUGAAGAAGAGCUCCAGAACUAUGAUGAUAGUAUGGAUGGUUAGCUCAAGCAUUCAGAAAUAUAGAUAUUACUUCCUAGCACUUAGGACAUUAGCCUUCCCUUCUACCUUUUGUGUUAUAACAAUCUAGUGUCUAUCGGAAAAGAGUUUAGAUGAUGAGUUCUACUAAUUCGAGGCGACGCGAUGUUGAGAGAAGAGAACAAUAAUACCUACACCGGACUGGAGAUUGAUAUUAUGAUAAUUGUAUACUUGAGGGAAGCU